CCGGGUGUUGCCGGUGUUGCUCUGGCUCUAGGUUCUAGACGCUCCAGACACGUUCAAACAGUUCAAACUCCAGACCCUCCAGACACUUGCUGCUCGCCGGGUUUCCGUUUUGUGAAAGAAAGUUGGCAAGAUGCCCAUGUGCUGCGCCGUCGGUUGUAGCAGCCGCUUCAAAGACGGCAAGCGCCUUUUUAGAGUGCCAUCGGGCAAGCGAGAUGUCGCCCGUCGGGAAGAAUGGUUGCGGAGAAUAAACCGCAAGAAUUUUACGCCGUCGGGGCAGACACGGCUCUGCGAGGAUCAUUUUACGCCAGACGCGUUUGAAAGACACCGAGCAGACGGAAAACGCAAGCUAAAACCCAACGCCGUGCCCUCGGUUUUCGCUCCCUUCAAACCACGGACGCAUGCAAGGCGGCCUCCCCGACAGAAAAGUAUACGAUGUGAUGCAAAUGUGCAGCCUGGGAACUCGGCCAUGGGCAACGAAGCAGCCUCGGCAAUGGUUGAAGGUGAUGCAAACGUGCCGCCUCAGAACUCGGCCAUGAGCGACGAAGCAGCCUUGGCAAUGGCCGAAGGUGACGAAUAUAUACUGCCUGGAAGCUUGACCACGAGCGACAAACAAGUGUGUGCAACGACCAGAGUUUGCUUCAUUCAUGAGGAGCGAAUUAGAGAGCUGGAGAGGAAAUUACAGAAUGCAGAAGGACGAGUGAGGAAGCUUGAGAAAGAGAAAGAAAUCCUCCUGAACGAGCUUCGAAUGCUGCUGGCAGCCGGUCAGGUAUUCUGACCGGGCUUUCUUCGUCGCUCAAGGCCAAAGUUGCUUCGAUAUUGCCCGUGAAGUGCCAUGCUGCUCUUAUGAUACAUGAGGUGCGGAUAACCCCGGGGCAAAGACUACGAUCCAUCUCUGAAGAAAGUCGUCGGAAAGACCCCUGCCCCUCUGGCUCCUGGCAACAUCUCCACCGAUGGACCGUUUUGUUUUCACGCUUGCAGGAAUGUUGUCACACUGAAAGCAGACUAUUGCGUACAAAUUUACAGGUAACCACACGUGUUCCUAAAACAAAUACCUACCAGUGAGGUUCAUUUUAAUGCUAAUAGAAUCCCUAAAGGGCAACUUCACUUCAUUUUUGUUUCUGAAACAAAAACAAUGCAGUCCUCUUCAUUAUCACCUAGGAAUACCACAUAUCAAAUAUUGUUUACCUAGUUCCAUCUAAAUCUUUCUUAAACAGUUCAGAGAACUUUGGAACGCACCAAGGUGCCGAAAUUGGCCAAAUCUAGCGGGCUAAUUGAGGCAUAAUCAACAGUGCACUCAAGGUUACGUCAUCAAUAUUGCUACUUUUUGUUCGUUUUUACUUCUCCGGGCAAGCAACAGGUGACGUCAGCAGCGUCUUCUCUCGGCGUUAGACAACAGACCUGUUGCAAUUCAAACAGCGCCACAAUGGCGGGGAAUUUUCAGAACCCUUGGCACAGAUCACGCGCUUUCUUGUUGCGACUGCACGUGAUUUGCAACAGCUACCGACAGCAGACAUGGUUUUUAUGAAGCUAAUUGCAAUUGCAGCUUACCUGAUCCACCACAGACUGAACACGACGACCAGACUCAACGAGGUCGCCACCUUCACGGAUAAAUAAAUGUACCUUCAAAGGCA